CCCUCAUCAUUUUUACCUGAACGAUCUGCGGCAGGUUAAGAGUUUUGUUUUUGAUCCUGAUUAUCCAUCAACCAUGAACGACCUGAAAACUGAUCUACUCCAGGAUCUGCUGAUUUCUCUAGUGAAGCUGGAAACACAGUUAAUUUUGGCAACUUUCCGGAAACAUAUUCACAUCCUCGAAAGCACAAAAGGGUCAGAUGAGUGGAAGAAGCUGAUGAAGCUUGCAGAGGACAACUGCACCAAUCAAACUGUCCUCAAGUGGCUCAAAGAAAAACCCUCCACCUUCUACCAGCUGGUGGACAUGUUUAAUUUCUUUAAAAAACACAUAAAUGAGGAGGAGAAGAAGAAUCACAGUGACACUGUGGACAUCACCUUUGUGGCUCAUGGAUCAAUCGGAGAUUUCAUGAUCCCAGCCAGCUGCCUGCUGCCUCUGGCCUCCAUCAGGGACGUGGUUCUUUAUGCUCCCUGGAACUGUGUCUCUGGGGGUGCAGAGAUAACACACGCCAUCGCUACAGGACGGCUGAAGCCUCAGCACAGAGUUUUCUACUGCUACAAGAAAGAUGGAUGUCCAGUUCCUGAUGAAAAACAUCGACCUGUGAAACUACCGGACCGCUGGAACUCAAUGAGGCAGGCAGGAGACCAGAUGAUCCCAAACAUCUCAGUUAGUCCUCUACGACCAGACGAUGGGGUUUGGAAAAGCUUUGAAUCUCUCACUAAAAAAUAUGGUCCUAUUGGGAGAAACCGGAUCAUCAUCCCCUUCAUCGUCCCAGAAGAAAAAGCAGAGAUUGUCCCGUUCUCUGUGGUCACCUUGGCCCUGUCUCUGGUUCUGCUCCAGUCCAGGUUCAAAGCCACCGUCCACCUGGACGCCUGUCUGACUGACAUUUCUGUUGGACAGAAGUUUGACAGAGAAUAUCUGGAGAAGCAGUACGCCUGCGCUGCUGAUGGGACUGGAAUGAUGUGUUCUAAUAACAUCUUCAGUUUCUCAGUCAUAGAUUAUUUUAAGAGUUUCUUCAGUUAAACACGUUUAUGUUAAUCCAACUGAGAUUCUGCAUAGGACAGACGAUUAUUAAUAACCUGCUUUCAUCUUGGCUCAGACGUCUGACAACUGAAAGCACCAAGAACCAGGAACUGCUCACGACCAAGAACACUCUGAGGCUGAACAGAAAAAUCUGUGAUCAGUUUUCUACUGUGAUCAGCAGAAUCAGACAUUUGCUGUUUGCUUUUAUGACUCAUAAUUUAAGAUUUUAUUAAGAUUUUGUUUUUCGCAGAACAUGAAUCCAGUUUCACUCCAGUUUCAGGUUGGAAUGAAGUCUCAGCCAGAAAGUGAUCAAUAAAAUAUAUUGAAACUGA